CGGGUAAGAUGGCUGCAGUGCGCGUGCUGAGGACCUGGAGCUGGGGCGCUGGGCGGCUGGUUUGUGUUCGCUAUUUUCACGCGUGUAGUCACAUUCGUGUUUUGAAGCCAAGUUACAUGUGUUUCUUUGGUUAUCCUUCAUUCAAGUAUAGUCAUCCAUGUCACUUCCUGAAGACAACUGCUGCUCUACGUGGACAGAUUGUUCAGUUCAAACUCUCAGACAUUGGAGAAGGGAUUAGAGAAGUGACUGUCAAAGAAUGGUUUGUGAAAGAAGGAGAUACAGUGUCUCAGUUUGAUAGCAUCUGUGAAGUCCAAAGUGAUAAAGCUUCAGUUACUAUCACUAGUCGUUAUGAUGGAGUCAUUAAAAAACUCUACUAUAAUCUAGAUGACGUUGCCUACGUGGGGAAGCCUCUGGUAGACAUAGAAACAGAGGCUUUGAAAGAUUCAGAAGAAGAUGUGGUCGAGGCUCCGGCCGUGUCCCAUGAGGAGCACACGCACCAGGAGAUAAAGGGCCAGAAGACUCUGGCAACCCCUGCAGUCCGCCGCCUUGCAAUGGAAAACAAUAUUAAGCUGAGUGAAGUUGUUGGCUCGGGAAAAGAUGGCAGAAUACUUAAAGAAGAUAUUCUCAACUACUUGGAAAAGCAGACAGGAGCGAUAUUACCUCCUUCACCAAAAGCUGAAAUUAUGCCUUCUCCGCCAAAACCAAAAGACAUGCCUAUCCCCAUACUAGUAACGAAGCCUCCAGUAUUCACAGGCAGAGACAAAACAGAACCCAUAAAAGGCUUUCAGAAAGCAAUGGUCAAGACUAUGUCUGCAGCCCUGAAGAUACCUCACUUUGGCUACUGUGACGAGGUUGACCUUACUGAACUGGUGAAGCUACGGGAAGAGUUAAAACACGUUGCUUUUGCUCGUGGAAUUAAACUCUCCUUUAUGCCUUUCUUCUUAAAGGCUGCUUCCUUGGGAUUGCUACAAUUUCCUGUCCUUAAUGCCUCUGUGGAUGAAAACUGCCAGAGUAUAACAUACAAGGCUUCUCAUAACAUUGGGAUAGCAAUGGACACUGAGCAGGGCUUGAUUGUCCCUAACGUGAAGAACGUUCAGAUCUGCUCUGUGUUUGAGAUUGCUGCUGAAUUGAAUCGCCUCCAGCAGCUGGGCUCUGCAGGUCAGCUCAGCACCACGGACCUUACAGGAGGAACAUUUACUCUUUCCAACAUUGGAUCCAUUGGUGGUACCUAUGCCAAACCAGUGAUACUGCCGCCUGAAGUAGCCAUUGGGGCUCUUGGAUCAAUUAAGGCCCUUCCCCGAUUCAACCAGAAAGGGGAAGUGUAUAAGGCUCAGAUAAUGAACGUGAGUUGGUCGGCUGACCACAGAGUCAUUGAUGGCGCCACAAUGUCACGCUUCUCAAACCUUUGGAAGUCCUACUUAGAAAAUCCAGCUUCAAUGCUCCUAGAUCUGAAAUGAAGAUCGACAAGACAUUCUUGAACUUUCUGAGCGUCCAAAGAGUAUGUAGAGCCUAGCUGUACCGGCACGUGUUCAUCCUUAUAAUUUUAUUGUAAAUGGCUUGUAUUGUAUGAUUACAGUUCUCAUAGACUUUUUAUUGAACAUAAAACAUGGUGUGAAGGUUCUCCUGGGCUGUCACAUUUCAUAGGUCAGACUGUGACUUCUAAAAUGGUGCUGAGGUCAUUGUGUCAAUGGAUUGAAGCUGGCAAGAAUAACAAAAUUAGAAUUACUUAAAGACAGGCAGCCAUAUACAUAACAGUUUUGUCCUGUGUUUUUUUUAAUUGACCCUUAAUGAAACUUUUAAUUAUACUUAAUUGGGAAAAGGAAUUUAUAUGCAAAAAUAAUUUCCAUUUUCCUACAAUCAUGCUACUUGUAUAAAAUAAGUGCAAUUAUAUAGAUAUCCAGGAGUCUAUUCUUGCUCUGUAUAGAGAAUAUUCUCUAUAAGUGUCUUAUUUAUAUAAACCAACAUGUUUGAAAAGGGAAAACUAUAACCUGGUCUUAAAAAUAUCCAAUUAUAGCUUUAUAACCAGUCAGUCUAUUAAAGGUGUUUGUUGGCUGGGCGUGAUGAGCCACACCUGUAAUUCUAGCACUUUGGGA